AUGGGAGAUUAUCACCGUCUUGCUGGGAAGGCCAUUCCUUUCAAGCAGUUUGGAUAUUGUUCAUUGGAAGCCUACCUGAGAUCUCUGCCCCACCUUGUGAAUUUGAAACAACGUGGCAAUGUUUUGAUGUGUCAUGUCAUCGCUGAUGAGAGAACAAAUCAUUUGAAAGCUCUUGUUUCCAAGCAGAAAAGCACCAAGAAGGGGAGCUUUGUCAAACAACCUCAUGCACUGCCUCAUGCACGGGAUCUUCAUGCUGAGGUGAGACACAGACACAAGAAAUCACUAGUGCCCAUGCGAAGAGAGUCAUAUACUAACAAGUCAUUGAGUUCUAAGCAUGCUCGAUCCAUUCCUUCCACUCAACAUCAACUAAAACCCAAAACAUCAACUACCCCUGCAUCUACACAGCAUAAUGCUUCAAAGCCACUUAGAAAGGAUCUUAAAUCACACGAGAUCACUAGAGAUCCUGAGAAUGGAGCAAGUUUUCCGUCAUCUCUUCAUAGGGAGGGAAAUUAUCCUUUUUUAGGAAGCAAGGAUGCCACUGACAGUUCUUCUCUUUCUUCUGUGGUUCGAAUGAAGGUGGAUCCUGUUACUGGUCCAGGUGCUGUCAAGAAAAAUGGGAGCAAUUUCCAGAAUCCAGUCUCCAACAAAUGCAUUUAUGAAGGGUAUCACUCUAGAGAUCCAGGUCUUUCCAACAUAUACAGUGGACAUAUGCACCAGCACCAGGAUAUGAAUGAUCAUGUGUCAGGUAGUGCCACAGAUCCUGAUGGAGUUUGUAGUUUAGAUUAUAUGUCUGGGCAUUCAGAGACUACUAUCAGAGGACCAACAAAACUCUCCUUCAAGAACCAACUGUGGAGAUUUUGCAAUAGGAAGAACUUCAUGGAGCAUGACAUGCCCAAGUAUUACACAUUUACAAAUGCCAGGGAUCACUUCAUAUGCAAGUUAAAGGAUAAAGUACCCUGGAAAGUUAUGGCCAGCAGGUUGGGCCGUAGUGUCAGGACCGUGGCCCGGAUUGUGAGUGCCGCCAAGGGCUUGCCCAGCCUGGAGAUCCCCAUCAAGAAGCCAAGAAUAAUCAGGGAGUUCAACAGUGGAGUAGAAGAAGGAAAAUAUUUGCAUUGGUCCUGGACAGUGGACCUGGUUGCUGGGUCUAUGUUCUCCAAUGCUGAUCUCCAUGCACUUUCACAUGUUGAGGCUGAAGAAUGUGCAGCUGAAAAAGCUCUUGCUCAUUUUCUUGGGAUCAAGAUGAAGAGAGACAAUGCAGAAGUCCCCUACCGGCAAGUUGAGCUUGUGCAAGGGGAGAAUCUUGGACUAAUUCGGAAAACCUAUGGUUUGCUGUUGGCAAGCAACCUGGCAAAACAGUUUUACCUGUCUUCUCUGAGCAGAGUAACUACUCUUGCGGAUCAAGGCUCACGGGAGACAUCUACCGCCGAAGCUAUGCACCUGACUGAAGGCGACAGAGAGCACAGAAGAUGCCUAAUGACAUCCCUAAGACGUCCUCAAGAUAUCGAAAAGCGUUCGAAUGAAGAAGUCUUCAAGAUAUCCCCUCCAGGAUAUCCAGAAGCAUUCGACUAA